AGGCGACACACGGAAACAGUCAUGCCGCGGAAAGUGAAAGGAGUGCGAGGCCUCAAGAUGCGCGAGGCCAGAAAGGCCGAAGCGCAGGCGCUUGGGGAGAAAUCCAAACAAGAACAGGCACAAGAGAUGCACAAGCAACUCGGGAUCUUCAAGGAAAACCUAGAGGAGUUUGCCAGGAAGUACAAGAAGGAAAUCAAGCGAAGCCCGGACUUUCGUGGCGACUUUCAGCGCAUGUGUCAUCAAAUUGGCGUCGAUCCCCUCGCAUCGAACAAGGGCUUCUGGAGCCAGCUGCUGGGCGUCGGUGACUUUUACUAUGAGCUCGGCGUGCAGGUGGUGGAGGCGUGCAUGGCCACGCGCGGUCUCAACGGCGGCGUCAUCGACAUUGCCGAGCUGUUGAAUGCGGUGAACACAAGAAGGGGCUCACACGUGCAGCGCGUGGCGACUGGGGAUGUUGAGGAGGCGGUUGCACGGCUGCAGGUGCUUGGAAGCGGAUUCCGGGUGGUCAAGGUCGACAACAGGCGCGUGGUGGUGUCGCAGCCAAAGGAACUCAACGCAGACCACAUGGCAAUCUUCAACCGCGCAAAGGACUGUGGAUAUGUGACGGCGGAGGCGCUGUGUGCGGAUCUUAAAUGGACAAACGACCGGGCACAGACCGCGCUGGGGGAGCUGGUACAGCGGGGAGUGGCGUGGGUGGACGAGCAGGCGGCGCCGCACGAGUACUGGGUACCGGGACUCAUGGCCGGGUCAUCGCAGAUGUAGACCCUUGAGGGUGGUGAUGGUGGUGUGUGUGUGUGUGUGUGUGGAGAUGAGGGGGGGGGGCGGAGGUAGUCGAUGCCAUGUUUGAUUGUUGUGAUUGGGGUUAUUGGCUUGAUGCUGAUGCUAUGUUACGCACUGAACUUUGGUCGCUCGCUGGCUUGCGCGUACAUGUUUGGAUGGACCUCUGUGCUUUGGGUUUGCCUUGGGUUACCGACCAUAAAGUUAUUCUCGCCUGGC